UUCCACGGGAAGCGCUCAAUAUCAGCGCCUCACCUUUUGAGAAGCAGUGACGCUACCUACCUGAAAGCAAUUGACUCAGAAACGCGGAAGUGAAGUCAACUUAUCUUUAGCUAAGUACAGUAGUUUUUAAUAUUUUACUUUUAGUAUAAUUAGAGCUCCAUGUCUGAAGUAAGGGUAAACGUUUCGUGAGUAAUGAAGAAAACGGCGCUCCAACGACAGAAGAUGUGAAUGGUGACGUUCAAUAUUCGCUGAAUUUGGAUUACGAGUGUAUUGCAACAUGUACUUCAAGAAUCCAGAGCAGGAUGGUGUUGAGCUGCAGGAGAGAAACAUGGAUGGCUUUGACAAUACCAUGGAGGCAUUACUCCCAACUCUGCACCAGCAGAGGACAUAUGAUUAUGUUCUAGUUGCUGACAAAGUUGAGGACCAAGAACACCCAAAGUUUCAGAAGCAGGUGGCUUUUAUUGACCACCUGAGGAAGAAAAACAUGAAAGUGACAAAAAUCAUUCAUGAUGACAAGACGUUUUAUGGUGUCCGGGCCCCGAAGGAGAUCUUUGACAAGUACAGGUACCUACUAAAGGUGUCUGAUGCUUGCAACUGGAGCGGCGACCGGAAAUGUGUCAGAAUCCCUCACUCAACCAGGAUCAGAGUAGUGCAUUACAUCCUACACCACACCCAUAUCAACACAGGAGAGAACCUCAGAGAGCUCCAGGAGAAGGGUGUCUUUGAGGCCACGUUCUGCCUGCAUGAGAGGAACAAGCAAAAGGUGUUGAAACAAAAGUGGGCACGAUGGUCUGCUCUCUGUACCAGCCAGCCUGUUGAUGAUGUCAGGAGUUACUUUGGAGAGAAGGUGGCUCUGUAUUACCUGUGGUUGGGCUGGUACACCAUCCUGCUGGUCCCUGCAGCCAUUCUGGGUGUGAUUGUGUUCCUGUAUGCACUGGCUUUCUUUAACACCAGCCCCCUCAUAAAGGAGGUCUGUGAGUCUGACACCGUAAUGUGCCCGAGGUGUGACAAAUGGUGUCAAGUAUGGCAGCUGCGUGACACCUGUGCCUAUGCCAAGGUGAGUCAUCUGUUUGACAAUGAGGGGACGGUGGCCUUUGCUAUGUUCAUGGCAGUCUGGGCUACCAUUUUUCUGGAGCUGUGGAAGAGACACAAAGCAACGUUUGUGUCCAAAUGGAAAGUCUUUGACUGGUGUGAGGAAGAGGAGGAGCUCAUCCUGGGAGUAGUCAAUGAUCCAGACUGCCAUCCCAAAGAGUUUCGCCAUUCUUAUCUGCGCAGCACUCUAGUUCUGGUGCUGGUCACUCUCAUGUUGGUUCUGAUCAUUGGGCUAACCCAGGCUUUGGUGGUGUUCCGUGUGGUUGCUGCUGUGCUGUUAUCAGAGGGAACAUGGGAGUUUGUAAGGGACCAUGCCAACACUGUAGCAGUAAUGCUGGGUGCUGUACUACACUACAUCACCAUGCAAUUUAUGACCAGAGUCAACAAGGCGGUGGCCUUCAAGCUGUGUGAGAUAGAGAAGACACAGUCGUUUGCGGCCACUGAGAGGAGCUUCACUGUUAAGAUGUUUACCUUCCAGUUCUUCACCCUCUUCUCCUCACUCAUAUAUGUGGCAUUUUUCCUGGGCAGGAUAAAUGGUCGCCCAGGCAGCUACGUUCGUAUUUCUGGUAAAUGGAGAUUGGAGGAGUGUCAUCCCAGUGGCUGCCUCACUGACCUCUUCAUUCAAAUGGCCGUCAUCAUGUUGCUCAAACAGACACUGAAUAACAUCUUUGAGUUUACUGUGCCCUGGUUCAAGAGUUACUUCAGAAGGACUACAACUAAGAAGCUGGAGAGGAAGUGUGGCCACUGCUACAAAAAUGCAUGUCGCGAAGAGGAGAAGAUGGGCCGUGACCCAUGUGAUAUCUGCAAGCUGCGUGAUUGGCUGCGCAACUACGAUCUGAAUGACGUCAACUUUUUCAGUCUCUUCAAUGAGUUUCUGGAAAUGGUUGUUCAGUUCAGUUUCACCACCAUCUUUGUGGCGGCCUUCCCUCUGGCCCCUCUACUGGCCCUCAUCAACAAUAUCUUUGAGAUCCGUCUGGAUGCCAUCAAGAUGGUCAGCUUGGAACGUAGAUUAGUCCCCAAGAAAACCAAUGAUAUUGGUAUAUGGACCAAAGUUCUGGAAGCUAUUGGUGUUCUGGCUGUCAUUGCCAAUGGGCUAGUCAUUGGGGUGUCCUCAGACUUCAUCCCUCGGCUGGUCUAUCGCUACCACUACGGACCCUGUGCCAAUGGAGAAGCUGAUGUACACUGUAUGAAGGGCUAUAUCAACGACACCCUAUCCAUUGCUCAUAUAACAGACCUGAGCGUGCGGAAGGACUUUUUCCCCAGUCAACUGAUCACAGAGAGCGGCUUCAAUGUUACACAAUGCAGCUAUAAAGACUACAGAAAUGAUGUGGACUACAGCCUCACCUCCCAGUUCUGGCUCAUCAUGGCUGUACGCUUUGCCUUCGUCGUCCUAUUUGAGCAUGUAGUGGUCAUCUUUAAAUGCAUUGCUGCCUGGUUUGUGCCUGACUCCCCCAUGUUGGUGAAGAAUGACAGACUGAAGGAUAAACUCUGUAGACUCAAAGAGGAACUACAGGAAAUGAAGUACAGGCAGUCCACAGAUGUGUGAUGACUGCAACAGAGGGACAUCCUGAGACAUGACCAGCAUGACGCAUGACUUUGAAGAUUUGAAAAAAGACACAUUAAAAAUGAUGCUCUCUGCACUGUCCUGAGAUCAGCAUCUUACAGCAUAGCUAGUGCCUGGUUAUGAGAGGUAGGACAGCCUCAUCUCCCAACACCUCUGAGUUUUCCCCCACAUGGUCAACACACUGUUUAUACCGGUGUGAUUAAUGGCCACCCGUGGCGCAUGCAAACGUAUCUUAAUAGCCGAUCGGGGCUACAAGUUUCUACGAGGAUUAGACUGCUCCAAACUCUAUUUCACAUAUAAGCAAGGGUACCCCAAUAUAAAUGAACCAAUAGACUGACAGACUAACCCCAGAUACCAAAAGCCAAUCCACAACUGUGGUUCAUAAGAAGAGGUCCAUAUAACAUUGUAUUUUCUUGAAUGACCAGUAUGUAGGGGAUCUAGUUUCAGGCAUUUACUUUUCCUAAUCAAAAGGGGACCAUCGCAGUCUCCCAGAAGUUUGGUUGGUGCGUAAAACGUGUGAAAUCAGAUAAAUUAAAAGGUGUGAUGGGUCCGUACACAAAAAUAUGUUGCAUAAAGAUGACUUAAUUUGAAAAAAAACGUAUUUUCACUGCAUCAGGGAUAGCGUACAGACUUUGCAGCCUUCUUCAGUGUGUAGAUUUAUUUUAUGCCUUCUACAUUAGGUUAACCUAGCAGGGAUGCCUAUACAGUAACAGAGUUGUGGUUCAUUUUGUUUCACAAACUAUACAUGACAUACAAAUGGAAAACCUGAGUUGAAAUGUAUUGGCUCCCUUACUCUGGCCAAUAUUAAUGUUUUACAAAGAACUGCGGUAGUUUUGUGUGACAUCCUGUUUUGCAAAUAUUGUACUGAUGUUUCCUGUUUCCUGUUUACAUGCUUUUAGUAACCUAUGUUCUCUCAACAUAUAGAAUCACAAAGUGUGAAUAAUGUAAUUUAUCUUUGUGAAAGGUUGAUAUCUUUGUUAUAUAAUUAUGCAUCUCUUGACUUUCCUUUUAAUCCACUGCAUUAUUUCUUUAUUUGAAAUUAAAUUUAGAAAUAUUGUUAUCCCUUUUUAAAUUCAAACAUAGCGUUGCUUUAUGUUGUGUGUAUGUGCAAUAGUUUUUGUAAAGUAUAAUUCAGAAAUGAUUUGAGCCAAUACCUAUGGAUAUUGUAUUGUUGUUGGAAUGGUGUACAUUUUGAGUUGCUGUUUUCUUUUUUUACUGUAUAUUGUACAUACAGUAUGUGACAGGGUUUUGCUCAUCAGUCUCAGUUACCUGAGUGAAAGUGCACUAUAAUUUUGUCAAUUUUGUCCACUUUUGAUGGACCGACGGGACAAAGAUUAAAGCCUGCAGUGAUUUUACUCUCA